ACACAAAGAAAAUACUUUGGGUUUGUUGUCAAAUUUAAAUACAAAAUCCCUGAAAGCUCUUGGGGUAUACACUUGGAAAGAUUAGCUUAUUACGCGUAAAAGGGAAUCUAACUUGACUUUUCAGUUGAAAUUAAUAAAUUAAUUAAAGUUGAUCAGAAAAUAUUUGUUCUUUAGUAUUAACUAGCGAACUGUAUAAAAUAUUUAUAAUACUGGUAAAUCGAAAAUUUGUUUUCUAUAUUUUGUCGAAGUUGCUCUUCAUCCGAAGGGAACCAGGACAUGCGCCUUGGAAUCAGGAAUCAGGAAUGACAAAUGUCUUCGUCGGAGCUGUUGAUAAAUGCCCAGCAGUUCUGGGGGCACAUUUUUAUUUUGUUAUGAAAAAUCGUUUGGCCAAAGAUCACGCAACGAUGAAAUUGAAACGUCGCCAGUAACUGGCAGGCGGCGGCGGUUAAGAUUGUUAGUUGUCGGCCGGUCGCUUGUUUCUCCACGAAUAUUAACACAUUAAAAUGGUAAACGUGGUUGAGUGAAAAAUUAACCGAAAGCAGCCGAAAUGUGGCUGCAACGUAAAUUAUGCAAAGUCAUCAAGCCAACGUUAUCCAAACAUCAAUGGGCCAGGGCCUGCGAGGCUUGGGAAAAAUUAGCAUAAGCUAAAAGACGGACAAUCCAACAAGAGGAGCAGAGGAGCUUCUCCAAGCCUAAGGGCCAAAAUCGAGGACGCGGAGGGGAUGUUAGCACUUAGAGAAAAAUGUAUGAAGUCGAAUCGGGUAACCGGUAACAGAGAACAAGGAAUGGCCCAGGCAUGGCAGGAAUGCCACAUUGAUGCAGUCACUUUGAUAGGGCGACAUUAGCAGCAAUUUAUAUGCAAAUUCAGCAGUAGAGACCGGGAACAGAGAGAGGAGCUGCACAGCCGCAGAGAGCAGAGAAGCGACUACCAAACUGAUUGAUGUUCUCAUUUGAAGAGAUGCAACACCGCAGGGGGAUCCAGGAGGAUCAAGACGGAACCCAGAGUGAGGGACCAUGUACGCAGCAUCAUUAAUGCGAAUCAUUAGCAGUGGCCGUUGAUAAGAUCGGGUGCAAAUUAUGCAGCAAGAGUUGGAGCAAAAAGCCAUCGGAACGAAGACGGAGCCCCCUUCUUUAUGGCCAUGAUUCAUUUCCAGCGCUCUCCGAAAAGGGCGGUAAUAUUUAAUUGCCAAUUAAAAUUGAUUCAAUGAAGAUGUGAAAGCUAAAGGGCCGAACUCCCAAAAACUAGAACUGAAAGGCCUUGAUUCCUAAUUAAGGUUCUAAAUAGGCCUUAUUCAAGUUGUUGGUACUUUAUAAUAUUAAUUAGAGCUACGGAAAUCAAUAUUUAUAAUUAAUGAUAACGAAAUUUCCGAUUCCUUAUAAUUAACACAUUUGUAUCAUUUUGUAAGUCCCGCCCAAACAUUUAAAUAAUAGGAGUGCUGGGAAAUGAUCCGCGGAAACAAUCGGCACAGCUGUUUUCCGAUUUCUGGCAACCCUAGUUCGGAGCUUAAUUUCCCCGUCAGAUCUGGCAGCGCCAAUACCACGUGCCGAUAUGGUAGGAAAGUCCGAUGGUCACACUGCGAAAAUAACAACAAUAAAAAAAAAGGGGGAAACCAUAAAAGAAUGGAUCGAAAAUAGACCCUAGAAGCAGCAACCAGGACCAGGAUGAGCGCGGAGGAGGGAUCUGAGCCGAAUCUGCUGCGUGUGCUAAUAAACUGCGCGGAGAAAGCGGCCAACAUUGCCAGGACAUGCCGCUCCAACGAAGAGCUGCUGGCCUUGUUAGUCCAGGAGAAGAGCGGGGCGGAGGCUAAUGCGCGCUUCGACCACGAUUUUAAGACCCUUGCCGACGUCCUCAUUCAGGAGACCAUCAAGCACGAGGUGGGCGGCCUUUUUCCCGCCAUGAACGAUACCAUCUUGGGCGAAGAGUCGCCAAAUUUCACAAACACUGGGGAGAGCGUGACAAUUGCCGUGGGAGCCGGUGAGGAGGAGACUGCGGCCUGCCUAGAGGCUGUGCUCAGUGGCCAUGAGGGAGCGGCUCGAGCACUAGCAAGCGAUGUUCAUCGAGUUGUUACCUUCGAGAGCGAGAAGCUUGGCGAGAUUCCUGAGCUGCCAAAGGAGUUUGAUUACGCCAAUCUUGGCAUUUGGAUCGAUCCGAUUGAUGCCACCGCGGAGUACAUUUCCGGCGAUACUAUGUUCACGGACUUUCCUGGCAUCACAUCCACCGGCCUGGACUGCGUAACAGUCUUAAUUGGUGUCUACGAGCGCGACACCGGAGUGCCUGUAAUGGGAGUUGUGGCCCAGCCGUUUGGCGAAAAGUUGGAGGAGAACGUCUACAGCUCCUCGAUGUUCUGGGGCGUCUGUCUGCCGACAGUCCAAGCCCACAACUGUAACUUUGAAGCUCGCGACGAGAACCGUCGGCUGGGUAUAUUCUCCAGCUCGGAGCGGUCCGACAUCCUGCAGCGGUUUCUCGAUCUCGGAUAUGAGUUCGCCUUUUCUGCGGGUGCGGGCCACAAGGCCUUAAAGGUGAUCACUCACGAAGUUGAUGUCUACUUGCUAAGCAAAGGGUCUACCUUCAAAUGGGACACGUGUGCUCCGCAGGCCAUUCUCCGAGCCCUUGGCGGCCAAGUUCUCGAUUACGCAGCAAGUGUGACGGCGCAGAAGGCGUUGCCAUUGACGUAUCUAAUGGAAGACUCAGACCCGGAUUGGAAGCGAAAUGCUGGUGGCAUAAUUGCCGUUCGCAAUGUUGAUGUUGUGGAGGAACUGCUUGCAAAAUUGGCAGAUCAAUGAAUGCAGUUAUUGUUGUCGUACUACACUUAUUAGAUGUUGUAAUUGUUGUGUGUGUGAACAGACUGAGUCGAAGAAUGAUUAUAUUAGCGAUCUCUAUUAAAUCAAAUGUUGUAAUUAGAGAGGUUUAUUGAAAUCACAAAAAAUAGAAAAGUA